AUGAAUCAAACCCAGACACUCCCCACCGGUGGGACCGUACCUCGUGGGUCCCCGUCGCUCCAGGAGCUCUUCGAAGCGCAGCGCCUGGCGGAGCAACUCCCCGUCUUGGACGCGGCGCUGCACCGCGCGGAGCAGCGCCUGCGGGCCGAACGGAGCAGUGAAGGGCAAGAGCUCUACUUCAUGGCUUGGAUCCUGCGCGGCACGAUCCACCAGCAGAGUUCUGGCCUGGAUGACCAGGCAGUGGAGGAGAAGAAUGCCUACACACUCUCAAACUCACGGUUUUGGGAAGAAUAUUAUGCCAAUGUCGAUGCAGAUCGCUUUGAUUGGUACAGCACUUGGGAUACACCGAUCAAUUGGUUGAGCCUGGGAGUUUCAACCCUUGGUUCGGUCAUUGGACCCUUCCUGUUUGCCAACGCCAGCAUUCUCAUGUUGGGCUGUGGCCGUUCAGAUAUGUCUCAGCAGAUGUAUCGAGAAGGAUUCCGCAACAUCACGAACGUCGACAUCAGCUCGGGACUCUUGGAGCGCCUGCGGAGAGGCUUUGAAAGGGAGAUGCCUUUGAUGUCGUGGAGAUGGAUGAACGCUUCCUCGAUGGACACGGAGGAUCAGAGCUUCGAUGUGGUUCUGGAGAAAGGGACCUUGGACUCGCUCCAGGAUAACUCAGAGCUCUUCCAGGCCGCGGUGCGUGAGUCUCACCGAGUUCUUCGAAGCGAUGGUCUCUUCAUCUCCGUCACGGAUACCGAGAAGCUCCAGCAGCUUCAGAGCAUCGCGCCAUUCUCUUGUGAGGCCUUUGCUGGACACCUGGACUCCCAGAGACGCCUGCUGCUGUAUGUUUGCCGGCGAAGAAGCGGCUUGUUGGAGCACCUCAGAUCUUGGUUCAAGUCGGAACUCUGA